ACACACACAAUAGAAGAAGUUGUGGUCUCAGUUCAACCGAAACACUUUGACAGUUGCACAGGUCCACCACCACACACCUCUAUCCGUCGCCGCUCUCUCAACCCCAACCUCCUUCAAUGGCGGCGGGGCUCUCGACCGCCUUAACCCCUAAACCUUUCCGUUUCAUCCAAUCCUCCUAUCUCCCCCCCCAACACACUUCCUCGGCCUUCUUUCCCCUAAAUCUAUGCCCCCAGAGAACGAUUCUCCGAACCCGCCCCAGAUUAUGUGUUACAGUUUGCGUGAUUAUGGGGGAUAAGAAACAGAGUACCCAGAUGGAGAUUCCAGCGGAGGAAAUCCCUGAUAGUAAUGCCGACUCUCCGAGUACCCAGAUCUCCCCACGCCUGGUGGAGAAACGUGCCCGGAAGAAAUCGGAGAGGCUUACGUAUCUCGUUGCGGCUGUUAUGUCUACCUUUGGAAUCACCUCCAUGGCUGUUCUGGCUGUUUACUAUAGGUUUUACUGGCAAAUGGAGGGUGGAGAGAUUCCUUUGACUGAAAUGUUCGGUACAUUUGCUCUAUCCGUGGGUGCUGCGGUGGGUAUGGAGUUUUGGGCAAGAUGGGCUCACAGGGCUCUUUGGCACGCUUCCUUAUGGAGCAUGCACGAGUCUCACCACCGACCUAGAGAAGGACCAUUCGAGCUCAACGAUGUGUUUGCCAUAGUCAAUGCAGUCCCAGCCAUAGCUCUCCUCUCCUAUGGUUUCUUCCACAAAGGUUUAGUUCCAGGAUUAUGCUUCGGCGCAGGUCUUGGAAUUACGGUGUUUGGGAUGGCCUACAUGUUCGUCCACGAUGGUUUGGUCCACAGAAGAUUCCCGGUGGGUCCCAUUGCCAACGUUCCAUAUUUCCGAAAAGUGGCUGCCGCUCACAAGCUCCACCACUCAGACAAAUUCGACGGUGUGCCUUACGGGUUAUUUUUAGGACCAAAGGAACUUGAACAAGUUGGAGGCCUCGAAGAGCUAGAAAAGGAGAUCAUUAGGACAGCCAAAUCAUCAAGAAUUCAUGACUGAAUAUUUUGAUAUGGAAUAUUUUGGAGCAAUUUUGACAUUUUGUCUUAAAAAAAAAAAAGAAGUGAAGUAGGUUAAGCAAGGUUAUAGUUUUGCGUGGAUGUGUUAUUAGGUCUAUAUUACCAUAGUGCUGUACCAAAGUCUUUUUAAAAACAGAUUUAAGUGCAGUAUGUAUGGAUUUGUAUAUUACUUAAAUGAGCCAAAAUUAUAAAAUUCCACAGUUGGUUUGGUGUGCCUUUA